CAUAGGGUAACUGUUCAUAUUGGUCCUCCAAAGAUAUAUUGACAUCAAUUGGUAUUUGGUCCUUUAUCUUAUGGCUAUUCUUUGGAUAGCUAUAGUAUUUUAUUUUAGGGAAAAAAAUAAAAUACAAACAUUUGUUAGUAGAAGUAUUUGCAUUGUCAUACAGAGGAAUUUUGCCAAGGGUCAACUAUGAUCCCGUAUUUUUUUUUAGACCUGCUUAUCGAACAUAUCCAAGAAGUGGUGCCACAAUACUUCUUUUAGAAAUAUGAAAAACCUUGUGAACACUUGGUUUCCUCUGAAGUUGAAGUAAUGAAAUGCAAGUUUAGCAUAAGGCAAACAAAUUCUAACUCAGAAGUAAAGAUUAGAAAAUAUUCAAUACUAUAAGUCUUAUGUUUUAAGUUCUCUAUACAAAGUGGCAGAAAGAUAAAGGGAGAUAUCAACUAUAUGAAAAAUAAGGUAGAUAAAUGGAGGAAUAAUUCAAGUGUUAUUUACAAUAAAAAAUAUCUCUCAAACCUGAAGGAAAAUUUUAUUGUGCAACUGUUAGACUUACACAUUUACAUGGAACUGAAUGUUUGGUAGUAACAAACCUAGCAAGCACAGCGUGUCGGUGUCGGACACGUGUCCGUGUCGGUGCCGGACACCGACACCGACACUUAUGAUUAUACUAAAUUAUGUCAUUUUUUCAAAUUAUUAUCAGUAUCGGUGUGUCAGUGUCCGUGUCGAAACCGGUGUCCGUGCUUCAUAGUAACAAACUAACCAGAAAGUCAACUAAGUGUUGCAGAAAUGGGAAUGUUACUGUGGAUGAGAGAUUAUACUAGACCAUAGAAUUGGAAAUGUAAUUAUUAGAGAAAAUUGGCGUAGUCUCCACUCUCCAUAGUAGAGAAGAUGGUAGAAUCUCGUCUUAGGUGGUUUGGUCAUGUAUUGAGAAGAUCUGUAGAAGCACCAAUAUGAAGGGUAGACCAGAUGGAGGACACACUAAUAAUUUUAGGUAGAUGCAUACCAAGGAAAACUAUAGGUCAAAAAUCAUUAAAAGAGACUUAAGAGUAAAAUGGUCUUGGGAUAUACAAUACCACAAAAUUUUAUGUCGAUUAAUGCAUCUAGCUGAUCUCCUCUAGUGGUAAAAUGCUUGGUUAUUGUUGGAAGUCUUUCCUAUUUAAGAACAACUGGAAUUUCCUUUUGGGUAGUUUCUUUUAGGAUAGUUAUGUUGGAUGUGGAAACUGAAAUUACAUAAUAAUGAAAUAUUAAGAUGUCUAUAUUGUUCAUCACGUGCUUAACCAAAACCACGUUGUUGUAUGAACUUAUAGUUCUAACUUCAUUGCCAUUUUAGCUCAUUAUUAUAUUAGCCAAUGUGAAGUUGUCAUUUGUUUUCCACGUAAUUUAUUGUUAUUACAUGUAAAAACCAGCAUUGAUUAGAAUACAUGAUAAGCACGUGUUUGUCCUGCAUGCACGAUAGAUAUUAUUCUCGAAGUAUUAGGAAGAACUCAAAUCACACAUUGAAAAGAGUGAAGGCUUGAAAAAAGUUUAUACGAGUGGCACCCGUAACCAAUGUAGUCAGGUUCGCGCACCGGGUCGUAGGAUCGUACGAUCCUACGUGCUCAUGAAGGCUAAACGAGCUAAGAACCCAUGGAGGUUCGUUUUUGGGGCUUUUUGAAGUCAGGUUCGCGCAUUUUGCUGGUGGUGCGUAAAGCAAUGGCAGGUUCGUAAAAAAAAACAAGUUGGGUUUAAAACUGAUUGGGCCUUGCAGUCAAACCGGGUCGGGUCAAGACAUAAAAAUACAAAACACGCUUAUUUUUCUCAGAAACCCUAAGAAAAAUUACGCGAUUCUUCUCUGAAGAAAGAAACAAACGCAGCCAUGCUUCUUCUCACUUCUUCAAUGGCGAUUCAGCCAUGCUUCUUCAUACAUCUCCUUCCUUUCCUUCACUUUAGUUUCAUCUGUUUCAAACCUAACAUCUCCUUCCUUUCCUUCACUUUUGUUUCAUCUCAUCUCUCUGUUUCAAACCAACCCUAACCUAGCCUUGUUUCUUUUCAUCCCAUCUCUCUGUUUUCACUCAUCCCAUCUCUCUCUCUGUUUUCAUCUCAUCCCAUCUCUCUGUUUUCAUUAUCUAAUUUUUUUCUUUGUUCUGUCUGUUUUCAUCUCUGUUACUACUAUUUUGUAUUCAUCUGUUUUCAUCUCUGUUACUACUUACUACUAUUUUGUCCUUCAUCUCUCGUUAAUGGCUUCAACCUCAAAUGUUGGAGCUUCUUCUGCUGCCACUGUUAAUGAAGCUCCACCUUCUGCUUCUGCUGCCCGUGUUAGGGUUCCUCCUAAAAAUUCAGCUGGAAACAAGACUGAUCCAGCAUGGGAAUAUGCUACAUCGAUUGAUAUAAAAACAAGAAAGGUGAAGUGUAAACUUUGUGACUGGCAAUUCACAGGAAGUGCUUUCAGAAUUAAGCAUCAUUUGGCUGGCACUAAUAGUAAUGUUAGGCCUUGUCCAAACUGUCCUCCGGAAAUAAGGAAAAAGUUUUUGGUUAUUACUGAUGGCUUACAAGAGAAGUUGCUAAAAAAGAUACAUGUUGACAUUAACAUUGAAGGCGAUGCUGAUGUUGAGGUUGGUGAUGGUGAUGCUGCUGGUGCAAAGGGAAAAAGAAAGAGUCAAGGGGAGCUAGCAAGAAAGGAUAUGUACAAAAGAGGGCUGACACAAGCUAAACAAAGCACAAUCAACGGUGCCUAUAAGAAAGAAACCAGAGAAGAUGCUUGUAAGGAUAUUGCUCUUUUCUUUUACAAUAAUGCUAUUCCUUUUAAUGUUGCUAGGUCUGAUGAGUACCUUAAGAUGUUUGACAAUGUUACAAAACAUGGUAUAGGGUUUAAACCACCUUCUUAUCAUGAAAUUCGAGUUAAAUAUUUAGACCAUUAUUAUGGAGAGAUUAGUAAGGUAGUUGCUGGAUAUAGGGCAGAUUGGGAGAAAUAUGGUUGCACAAUAAUGACGGAUGGUUGGACAGAUAGGAAGAGAAGAACUAUAUUGAAUUUCUUGGUACAUAGUCCAAAGGGAACUGUAUUUCUAAAGUCCAUCGAUGCAUCCGAUCUAACCAAGACUGCAGACAAAGUUUUCAAGAUGAUUGAUGAUGUUGUUGAAGAGGUUGGAGAGGAAAAUGUUGUCCAAGUUGUUACGGACAAUGCGGCGAAUUACAAAGCAGCCGGGGAAUUGUUAAUGCAAAAAAGAAGUAACUUGUAUUGGACACCAUGUGCCGCGCAUUGCAUCGAUUUGAUGUUAGAAGAUUUUGAGAAGAAGAUCCCUCUCCACAAAGAAACAAUUCCUAAGGGAAAGAAGAUCACCACCUACAUUUAUGGUAGAACAAGUCUUAUUUGUAUGUUGCAUAGGUUCACUAAAAAUGUUGAUUUGAUUCGACCUUCAUUGACCCGUUUUGCGACAUCUUACUUGACAUUGGGUUGUUUGAAUGAUCAUCGAGAUGAGUUGAUAUCUAUGUUCAAAUCAAAUGAGUGGAAGACUAGCAAACUUGCUAAGAGUAAAGAUGGGAUUAUUGUGCAAAAGAUUGUUUUGAACAAAAUGUUUUGGAAGAAUGUUUUGACUUGUCUAAGAGGUGCUUUUCCACUUAUUAAAGUGUUGCGCAUGGUGGACUCGGAAGAGAAGGCAGCCAUGGGGUAUCUUUAUGAAGAAAUGGAUCUUGCAAAAGAGAAUAUCAAAUCAAGCUUUAAUGGAGUUGCUAGAAGCUACACUCCUCUUUGGAAUAUAAUUGAUCAAAGGUGGGAUAAGCAACUCCAUAGGCCACUACAUGCUGCAGGCCUUUAUUUGAACCCCAAGAUACGUUAUGCUCCGGGAUUCGUUGAUGAUGAUGAAGUUACGGAUGGCAUGUAUGAUUGUUUGCUUAGAUUGGUGGAUGAUCCGGAAAAAAGAGCCAAAGUUGAUUACCAACUUGAGGAUUUCAAAGCGAGGAAAUCAAACUUUGCUAAUGAAUUUGCUACAUUUGCACUUGGAAAUAAAACACUAACACAAUGGUGGGAAUCUUAUGGAAAUAAACAUAAAGAAUUGCAAUGGUUCGCUUUGCGAGUAUUUAGUUUGACAUGUAGCUCAUCGGGGUGUGAACGGAAUUGGAGUGCUUUUGAAAGGGUUCACACUAAGAAGAGGAAUCGCUUGAAGCAAAUCACAAUGAAUAAGGUAGUUUUUGUGAUGGUUAACUCAAAAUUGGGAAAGACUAAGAUUAAGAGAAAAAGUGCUAACUAUGAGAUUGAAGAAAUUAAUUCCGAAGAUGAAGGGGAAGAAUGGAUUGAGAAUGUGGAGGAUGAGGAAGAUGAAGGAGAUGACACUUCACUUGAUGUUGGACAAGAUGCUAGUAUCGGUGAUGUUCUUGGUGAUGAUUUGGAACUUCCUCCCAUUGAUGAAGAAGAUGAUGAUGAUGUCGUUGAAGAGAAUGAGGAUGAAGAUGGUGAUCUUGAUGACUAUCAAGAUGUUGGAUUGGAAGAUAUUUUAAAUGUCUAGAUUAUGUCUUUUGUGAAUGAUACUAUAAUAGGUCCUUUUUUUUGAAUUAUGCAUAGGCCUUAAGUUGUGAUUUUUUGAAUGAUGCAUAGGCCUUUAGUUGUGGUUGUGAAUGAUAGGUCUUUUUUUGUGAAUGAUGCAUAGGCCUUUAGUUGUGAAUGAUAGGUCUUCCUUUUGUGAAUGAUGCAUAGGCCUUUAAUUGUGAAUGAUGCAUAGGCCGUUAGUUACUUAUUUUAUUAACUUAGUACUUGGUUGGUUAUGAAGUUAUGAACAAUUGGAAUGAUAUAUAUGAAAUAUUAAUUAAGUUUAUUGUGUUCAUGUAUUAUUAUUAUUAUUAUUUUGUGGUUAUGUGUAUAUGUAUAUAUGUGAAGUUACCAUUUUACCCUUAAGUAGGUUCUUACGAAUCGAGCUACGAUCCCGACCUUACGACCCUCCACCAGCCUCCCGAUCCUACGUAGGAUCCCGAACCUGACUACAUUGCCCGUAACCUUACAAGUCGGUUUUGUAAGGAUUAGUUAGACCCAAUAUAAAAUCUAGUAUGGUAUCAAAGCCUAUCCAUUUGGGCCACCCCAUUAAAUUAUCCAUGCACCAAGCCCAAUAGUGUUGUGGGCGUGAGGGGGUGGGUUUAUCGAGAAAAUCCAAGUCCCGCAUGAAAAGAGAGAAGGUUUAAAAAGAGUUUAUAAAGAAUGACACCCCUUAUCUUAAAAACCGGUUUUGUAAGGUUAUGCCUGAUAAGUUUAUAAAGAGUGACACCCCUUAGUUUCACUUCUAAAAAACAUAAAUGUAUGGUUAUGCCUGAUAUACUUAAACUGAUGCAAUUGGAUUUUUUAACAUCCUUUUUUAAAGAGGAUGAGUAGAAAUACUAAAUGGAUAACGAGAUAGGCUUAAGAAUGGUGACGUUAGAGAGAGAGAGUUGGAAUAACACGUAUUAUAUAAAAGACGGUUGAAUCUCGACUUACGUGAUUUGGGCAUAUUUGGAAGGGAGACAUGUAGAUUCUGCAGUAAGAAGAGUAAAUCAGAUGGUGGUCAGCCCAACUGCUAGAGGCAGAGGAAGUCAAAGAAAAACUAUAGGUGAAACUAUUAAGAUAGAGGCCAAUGGUUCAAAUAUAGACAUGAUUUAUGGUGUCGUUUGAUCCAUGUAGCCGACCCCGCCUUGUGGUUGUGGGAUAAGGCUUGGUUGUACUUAUAACUAGGAAGGGAAUUUCAGUAUUGCAACCCUUUCUCCUAUUAGUGGAUGAAUUUGUGAUAACUGGAGGCAUAUCAACUUUGCUAUUCAAAUAAUUACACUUGGGUUGUCGUUAUUCUGUUAGACUUCUUGUCACCUUUCCUUUUAUCAGUGGUGUUAUAUAAAGGAGAAAGAAGGAAAAGCUUUUAUAAAACCAAAGCAGUGGAUGGCGUGCAUCCUCUAUUGUUUUUUCAUUCUAGAAAGAAGA